ACGGAGUUGCGUCCCUUGUUGUUUACAUCCUACAGCAUGGCGGCAAUGUUGCGUACUUCAUUCAGUCGGAAUUUUUUGCCCCACGUACGAAUUUUAGAAGGAAAGUAUGUACAAGGAAUCUUCAGUCAGUUUGGGAGAACAAAAUUUACCUCAUCUCAGCGUCUGAAUCAGGAAUCAGUGGCCGCCAGAGACGAUAUUACAGUGAAACAUGACAGUUCAGACAACCAUUCCCCUGCUCUUGACUUGUCAUUCAACAACGCUAGAGAGGCUUACAGGAGCAAAUCAACGGCAGAAAUUGCCCGGGCAUUAUUUGUGUUCAAUAUGUGUUCUAUACCCUUACUUGUAAACCAUAACAAAACAGUAUUAAAAUGGAGCAGACGACUGCUGGGAAAGCAACUGUUUUGCAAGAUAAUGAAGGCAACCUUUUAUGGUCAGUUUGUGGCUGGAGAGGAUCAAGUUGCCAUUCGUCCACUGGUCAACAACAAUCGCAAGUUUGGAGUCAAAUCCAUCCUAGACUACAGUGUAGAGGAAGAUAUUUCAUCCAAAGAGGCUAAAGAAGCUGAGAUGAAGAGCUGUACUCCCCCAGAUGUAGACUCCCUUGAACAGAAAUUAAAUACAGACACAUGUAAGUAAAAGUUAAAUACAGACACAUAUAAGAUACAUGUAGGAAAAUCAAAGUCAAAAUGAUU